AUGUCUCGAGGCGGCGGAACUACACUCUACGUGACCGGCUUCGGCCAUGGCACGCGCGCGCGCGAUCUGGCUUUCGAAUUCGAGCGGUAUGGACGUCUUGUCCGCUGCGAUAUUCCAGCCCCACGCACUGCGUCUAGCAGACUCUUCGCCUUCGUGGAGUACGAGAGCCGUCGUGAUGCUGACGAUGCCUAUCAUGAGAUGCACAACAAGCGCAUGGGUCGCGACGAUGUGCUGAAGAUUGAGUGGGCUCGCACACCACCAUCUGCCAGCUGGCGCUUCGAUGCUGGCAGCGAGCGCAACCGCGACAGCCGUGAUGGCGGACGUGACGGCGGACGUGGUGGUGGCCGUGACGGAGCACGCGAUGGAGGCCGAUCCGAUCGCCGCGAGCGCUCACCCCGCCGUGGCCGUUCUGGCAGCCCACCUCGCCGAUCCCGCUACGAGGAUGAGGGAACCCGCGACAGAGACUACGACCGUCGGGAUCGUGACCGAGACACUAGGCGUGAUCGCGAACGCACCCGCACUCCAGAAGACCGCGACCGUGAUCGGGACAUGAAGGAUCGCGACCGAGAGGAAGAGCGAGAGCCAGAGCGUGAGCGUGAGUACGAGCGUGAGAACGGCACCAACGGCGAAGAGCGUAAGGAAGAGCGCGAGCCCGAGGAAGCGGCGGCACCCCCUGCCCACGAGGAUUUGGACACGGCCGAGUAG